CUUGUGAAAGCGUUGAAUUGUUCCUGCUACGGUCGACCGAGGUAGGCCGGUGACCUGUGCGAUCUCAUGCUGGCUGGUGCCCUGUUCGCUUGCGGAAAUGAUCCAAACUCGCUGGUCAUGAGAAAGAUUGCGACCUUUAUAGGAAUUUCCAUUAAUUUGAUCUGCAAAGAUAUUCUCCAUUGUGGGUUGUGCUGGGGUGAGAGAGAGCGGGGUUGUGAGCAGAGUUUUGUUGGCGUGGACCCUGACGGCGACCCGCGACACCGAAUUGUAGAUGCGCAUGGCUUGCUUAGCAGGAAACGCCGCGAAGGAAGUUACGGGGAGAGAAUAAGGGCAUUUCUAUCUUGAAAGAGCAUGGAAGGGACUGCGCAAAGACAUAUUAUCUCUAGGGCCCUGCAACCACUCUGUUGUAGAUGGUAUACGGUGUCAUGCUUGGAUGCGGAGCUUCGGUGGUUGGGCGGGAAAGCCGCGGAGGCGCUCGCUCGCUUGCUCGUUCCAGCAGGACGCGACAACGCCAAUGCAGCUGGGGCGAAGAUGCAGACAGCUUCCUUAGAAUGGUG